ACCGUUCCUGAAAAUCCGGGAGCUAAGUUCACCGGUAGGACAGACGAGAUUGACCAACUUUUCUAGGGUGCUGUCAUCUGUCGACUUUGACGCCGAAAGGCAAUAAACAACAAGAAAAAGUACCGUCAUUUAAAUAGACAUGUUCCUUCAAUUAAUUUCGUAUUCGCUGUUGAUUUGUUCGGUUCGUGGCGUAUCGAAGCACCCGGCCGUUAUAGUGGUCUCAUAUGACGGUUUUCGUUAUGAUUACGUGGAUACCGAAGACUUGCCCUACCUAAAACUAUUCCGACAACAAGGCGUUUACGCGGAGCGGUUGCAGAACGUGUUCCCCACAAAGACGUUUCCUAACCACCAUUCAAUCGCGACGGGCUUGUAUCCCGAAUCUCACGGGGUUAUAGGCAACAGUUAUUUUGAUAGCGCGAAAAACAAAGUCGAGAAAAUUGGCUACGACAUGUUCCAUUAUAACGAGGAAGUCGUGCCCAUAUGGAGGUGGAACGAAGAUGCGGAGGACGGACGGCACUCCGGGUCCAUGAUGUGGCCGGGCGGCGACUAUUCGUACCAGGGAAAGAAUAUUACCUACACCAAAUCUUUCCAAGUUGGCUACGACUGGCACAAAAGAGUUGACACUACUGUGGAAUGGAUUUUAAACCCGGAAAAACCUGCCAAUCUGGUUAUGCUUUAUUUUGAGGAACCCGACAACCACGAUCACGCUUUCGGACCCAGUUCGGCGACUAUUAAGAAGAUGCUCAAAAAGUUGGACAAUAUUACUGGUUAUUUGCAGCAAAAGCUACACGACAACGAUCUGUUGGACAAGGUAAACGUGGUACAUUUAAGUGAUCAUGGCAUGACUGGCGUAACUCCGCCCCAUUUCGUUAACAUAACCCAGUACAUGAAGAACGGCACCUACGAGUGGGCGGGCGCCAGCCCUGCCAUACAAAUCACCCCGCACACGGGUUUCGAGGACUCGAUUUACGAAGCGCUCGAAGCGGGUUCGAAAAAAAAUGGACAUUUUAAAGUGUACCGAAAAUCUGAGUACCUCGACAGGUGGCACUACAAAAACAACAGCAGGUCGCCCCCCAUUUUGGUAAUGGCCGACCCCGGGUACGCGCUAGACGAUUUGAUCGUAAACGCUCCUCUCUACGCGAGGCAUUACAAUUUUACCCUAACAAACUCCUCGGAAUUCGGCGUGCACGGCUACGAUUACACCGUAGACGACAUGAGGCCCUUUUUUAUGGCCAAAGGACCGUCGAUCCCGGCCCAGAAAAAAAUUGAAACUAUCAAAGUGGUGGAUUUGUUUAACUUGUUUUGCAGGCUACUAGGUUUACCACCGACAGCGAAUAACGGCACCACGGCCGCCAUAUUAACCGCGUCCGGCGGCAAAUACAAAGCCGGCACCAUACUCAUGAUUUCCGUGGGUGGGGUGCUUAUAGUCCUAGUUUUAGUAACCCUAGCGAUAGUUUUUACGCUCGUCGCGAUCAGGCGGCAGCAAAAUAUCACGACGGCGGCCGCCUUAAACAAACGGUUCCCCCAAUCUUUCCAGAACUACGUCGAGGCGCAGCACUUGCUCGAGCCUGAAGACGCCUAGUUUCUCUUUACCGUUAUUGUCGAACCGUUUUCGGUGUCGCUUGGCUCGAUAAUUUGAACGCUUUUUUGAUUUAUUCGAUCGACGCCGUCGAAGCGCUCAAAUAAUGAUCGUCUUUCAAUGAUCCGAACCUACGUCCACAAUUACGCCCAAAUAACGUCACUUAAUCAUUCGUUGUUAGACAAUAAUAUUAAGAUACUUGUUGAAAUGAUCUCUACUUCGUAACUUAAGUACGUGCCGCUGUUUGGGUCGCAAUUUUGCCAGCGUUCGCUAAAAAUUGAUCGUGUUGAGGUUAUGUGACGGUUUUUCUUCUUUCGGACGAUGCUGGCCGGCUGUCAUGACCCAAGCGCGCGUCUUAGGUUAGUCCACCGUUUUCUAAUCUCACAUUGGUUCCUGUAUCGUAGAAUUGCGUAGAUUAUAGAUCUAGAUUUUCAACGACAGAAUCUAGUCCAUUGUACGUUUUAAUUUCAUUAGGUCGUUAUUUCGUUUUGUUCUUGUUGCACUAGUCACGUGGCUUUGAGCCUUCAAUGCUUUGUGUUUUGCCCGUGUUGAAUCGAUUGGUUAUAGAGAUUUGCCAAACCGCCACGUGAACUUGGGUGAUAUUAGGCUUAGACGUUGUUACUGGUUGAGUAAAUAAACGCAUUGA